AUGGAACCGCGCGAGGUCUUCACGCCGCUGUCUGACAUUACCGGCCAGACUGGCACCCCUAAAGCUCGAAAGCCCAAGGAACUGCCGCAGCAACAACAGCCGCAGCAACAGCCACGGACUGUUGUCCACGAUCCGGAUAAGGCUAAGAGGCUGGGAACGGUGCACUUCAAAGCAACUCAUAGCAUCAUUGUUGCUUUUUUUACCUUUGUAUUAAUACUUCACGUUCUCGGCAUAUAUCUCUUCACCAGUGGUUUCCUUCUUACGCGAUUGGUCCUUGACCACAACUCACAAUGCGGGACUCCUCCGAUCGACUCUGCAGACUUGUAUACAGCGGGCAAUGCCGAGAAGGGGUGCUGGCACCCGAAGACGUUCAGUAAAGCCGUCGUCAUUAUUGUUGAUGCCCUCAGAUAUGACUUUACUGUACCCUUUGAGGCUCAAUUCGAUUCUACCGAUCUAGCAGCGGCCGCCGCGAACCCAUCCCAAGCGCCUCCAGUCGCCCCACGCCAUUUCCACAACGCGUUUCCAGUCUUGUACGAGACGGCUAAGAACCAGCCAGAGAACGCGUUCCUGUUGCCGUUUAUCGCAGAUCCACCCACUGCCACGAUGCAGCGGUUGAAGGGGCUUACAACAGGCACUCUGCCCACGUUCAUUGACGUUGGCAGCAACUUUGCGGGCCAAGCCAUCGACGAGGACAACUUGGUCGGACAGCUGAAAAAUGCAAGCAAGCGCGUUGUCCAUCUUGGAGACGACACAUGGCAUGCGCUUUUCCCGGACUACUUCGAGCCAAAUCUCACACACGCAUAUGAUUCGUUCAACGUCUGGGAUCUGCACACGGUGGAUAACGGGGUCACUGAGCACAUCUUCCCCCUCUUGAAAGCUGAGAAUGCAAGCAAGUGGGAUGUCAUCUUCGGCCACUACCUGGGUGUCGAUCAUGCUGGGCAUCGCUACGGCCCCGACCACCCUGCCAUGACCGCGAAACUGAACCAGAUGGACGAUGUCUUCCGGCGCAUGAUUGAAGAGGUGGAUGAUGACACUCUUCUGGUGGUCAUGGGCGAUCACGGCAUGGACGCCAAGGGCGAUCACGGAGGAGAAUCAGACGAUGAGAUUCAGGCUGCGUUGUGGAUGUACUCAAAGAAGGGGGUGUUUGGAAGGAGCGAUCCUGCAUAUGUUACGCCACCCAGAAACGCCCACAUUCGCCCGGUCGGUCAGAUUGACCUUGUCCCGACAUUGUCACUCCUGCUGGGCAUGCCUAUACCCUUCAAUAACCUCGGAAAGCCGAUUGAAGAAGCGUUUAUUGGAAAGAGCGGAGACGAUUUCAACAAUCUGGCGACGGUCAACCGUUUGACGGCCGCACAGAUCCACACAUACCAGCAUGAGUAUGCAAAGGUUCGCGGUAUCGCAGACAGCUCUCGAGCUUCCUCACUCGCACUCUGGGCAGGUGCAAACGACGUAUGGAACUCUCUUAGCAAGUCCAAAGCUGACAGCAAAGAAAUGCGUCAAGUCUACGAGGCCUUUGGGGCUUACCAACGCGACACGCUCCGCAUCUGUCGCGAUCUCUGGGCUAGAUUUGACAUUCCACGAAUGGUCAGUGGCGUCACGAUCCUGGCUUCCAGUCUGCUCGUUCUUGCCAUGUACGCUCGAAUCAUCAAUGGUGAUCGCGGUGAUAUUACACCCAUCUUCUUCACGCGAGGCGCUAUAGGCCUCGUUCUUGGAGGCAUCUUUGGUGUCGGUCUCACCGUAUUUAUGCCAGAAGAUGCCAGGUCCCACGUUCUCAUCGUCUCUGCCGCACUCAGUGGCAUCGUUGGUUGCGCGUCCACUUUCUGGUCUCUCAAGUUUCGUCUCAUGUCUCCUAUCCCGAACAGCGUUUGGGGCUGGACCAGUCUUACUUUUACACUCGCCCUCUCUGGAGGAUUUGCCGCGAAUUCUUUCACUAUCUGGGAAGACGAAAUUCUCCUGCACUUCCUGACCACUUUCAGUGUUCUUGCACUUAUUUCAUCUCUCCGCCAGAGGCGCGUUGCAGAUCGGACCUUGGGUGCAUACCACUCCAUCCUAUUCACCGUCUUGCUUAGAGUUGCCAGCUUCUCAAGACUAUGCAGGGAAGAGCAGAUGCCAUACUGCAAGUCUACCUACUACGCUUCCGCCCUCUCGACCACGUCUGCAGGAUGGCAGCUGGCUAUUCCCGCGGCGGCUGCCAUUCUCAUUCCUACGUUCAUCAAGAGCUAUUACGAAGGCACCAAGAGUUACCAACACAACGCGACCCUUUGGAUAGGUCUCGCAUUGCGCUUUGGCUUGAUGCUUUCUGCUGCAUACUGGACUCUUGAUGCCGCUGAUGACGGCAACUGGCUACCGGGCUGGGAGAACAUUCUCCAGAUUACGAAACGCUUGAUCGCACAGAUCGUACUUCUAAUCAGUCUAGCGUUCGGAUACUCGAUUUACAACUGGUCAAAGCCCCUCCUCAACGUUAUCAUCAAUAAGGACGGCACGGACGAGCACGGUGCACCGAAAGAAGCAGUGACCGUUCUCGGCUUCGCCAACGUCCAUGGCUCGCGCUAUGCACUUCUUAUCACGAUCUGGUACUUAGCUAUCGCUGUAUUGCAAAAGCCUAUGGGAGCUGGCGCGAUUGCCAUUCUAGUCUGGCAAAUUUUCUCUUUAUUCGAGAUUAUCGAUACAAACAAUCUCCGCCAGUCGCCCAUUGGCCCCGUCGUCCUCGGUCUGCUUGGCUCCUUCCACUUCUUCAAGACUGGUCAUCAAGCUACGCUUUCCAGCAUCCAGUGGGAAUCAGCUUUCAUCCCGCUUGCUAAGAUCCGCUACCCAUGGACACCUAUUAUCGUAAUACUCAACACCUUUGGUGCGCAAAUUCUCUGCGCCAUCGCCGUUCCUUGUCUCGUCCUUUGGAAGGUCAAACCACAGAAGAAGGGUCUGUUGAGUGUCGUAACUAGGGCCAUUGCCACACACAUUCUCUUCUACGCUACCAUUAACCUGGCAACUACCAUGUGGGCAGGCCACUUGAGGAGACACUUGAUGCUGUACAGGAUCUUUAGCCCUAGGUUCAUGGUUGGCGCUGUUGUGUUGCUAGUUGUGGACUUUGUCAGUAUUGCCAUUGCGCUUUGGGGCACGCGAAUGAGCAUGAUAAGUACGGCGGAAGUGUUUGGAUUUGGUGGUUGAUGAUAUGGAUAUAUAGAAGGGUUGUGUUUAAAAGCCCCGCCUGGGGAAGAACUGCGUCACCCAUUUAAAGCUAUGUAUACGCAUUUUCAGAUUCUAGUUGCAUAUGUUUGCGUCCCAUCGGACGUGCACUCUGCAAUUUCCAUUUC